GGCUGACUGCCUUUACUAUAUAAGAAGUCAUAUAAUGCGACAUCACUAUCACUUACCCAAAAAAGCCAGUCUGCAGCAAUCCGCAUAUCUGGCAACUCCCAACACACAUCAAUUUACAGCGAGAACUACAGCUACGACUACAACAUGUCUAUACUCAUCACCGGAGCCAGCGGCUACGUUGGACAAGAACUCGCCGCAGCCCUCCUCACCACCCUCCCAUCAUCGACAGUAACACUCACGGACGUCGUUCUCCCUACAGUCCCUAAGAGCGCAGCCCAAUAUGCCUCCCGCGCACAAUGCAUCGAAGCAGACCUCACGAACCCAAGCGUAGUCGACAGCCUCAUCACCUCCACCAACCGCUACGACACCAUCUACCUCCUCCACGGUAUCAUGUCCAGCGGAUCUGAAGCGAAUUUCGAAUUAGGCAUGCGCGUCAACCUCGACGCAACCCGCUACAUCCUCGACCGCCUCCGCACCGUCACACCCGGCGUCAAAGUCGUCUUCACCUCCAGUCUAGCAGUAUAUGGCCUCGCACCGCCAGGAUAUAUCAUUAACGAGAGCAACUUCCCCGCCGUGCCGUCCUCGUCGUACGGAUCUCAGAAACUCAUCAUCGAGACGCUGUUGAAUGAUUACUCCCGUCGCGGGUUCCUGGACGGUCGUGCCGUCCGUCUCCCCACUGUUACUGUGAGGGCGGGAAAGCCGACACAGGCGGCGAGUAGCUUCGCGAGUGAUAUUAUUCGGGAGCCGUUUAAUGGUCGGCCUGCGGUGCUGCCGGUUGCUAAGGAGACGGAGAUGUGGAUUUGUUCGCCGGCGACGGUGGUGAGGAAUUUGGUUAAGGCGAGGGAGAUUCCUGCGGAAAAGUUUGGGGAUUCGAGAUCGGUCAACUUGCCUGGGUCAAAGGUUAGUAUUGCGGAGAUGUUGGAGGCGUUGGAGAGUAUUGGGGGGAAGGAGAGGAGAGAGUUGGUGGAGGAGAGGUAUGAUGCGGAUAUUGAUCGGAUUGUGCAGACGUGGACGCCCAAUUUUGAUACCAAGAGGGCGUUGGAGUUGGGGUUUGUGGGGGAUGUGUCGAUGAGGGAGAAUGUGGAGAUGUAUGCGAAGAGUUUGGGGAGUGAGUAGGUUGUAUUCAGUGGUGAUGAUGGUAGUAAUGGAAGUGAUUGAUUAAUAUGCUAUUGGGACUCAUUGUAUGGAGGUUAACUGCUUUGGGUAUAGUGGAGUCAUGUGAUAUGUAGUAAUUAUGGUGAGGAGGAUCAAAGUAGG